CAGGAAGACGCCAAUGGACAAGCGCGCCGUUAUUGCAACAUUCUGUGCCCAGGAGCAGCCACAGCAUAUCGUAUCACGAGAUAUCCUCAAAACCACAAAGAUUGUUUCACACAUCUGACGUAUCGCCUUGAAAAACGCGGCGACAACUUUCUGAUGUGGAGAGAAGGAAAAUGCCGUACCACAGAUAUCCAAUUCACAAUUCGUUGUGAGUUCCCAUCUGCUCGUGCUGACUUUAUGAGUGACGGUGAGCUGUUCGCCAACGCUCGAAAUGCGCUUUCAUAA